UUUAGUUUAACAAUGUGUCAACACUGAAAAGGAACUUUAAUUAAUUUAAUUCUAGAUACAAAACCUUUACAUUUUAAAAUUGCAGUCACAAUUAAGUAUAAAUAAUACUUUAAAAUAGCAGUCAUUAACAGUUAAAAACAAAACAGUAAUGCAACAGCAACUUAAAAAUGAAAUGAAUCUAUAACAAAAAAAGAGUAAUUGCUUUAAAUGUUUAUGGUGCAGCCACCAUUUAGGAAACAAGACAUUUGAAUAGUGUGGGAGGGAUGGGAGUUUUUGUCCUGCAGCUCUUUUCGGAUGGAGCUGGUAUGUCGUAUUCCUCUGGGCGGGUAGUUUUAAGUUGAGUCAGUUACGCUGUUCCCCUCUUUCGGCCCUACUUGGCGUCUCCAUCGGUGCUCGUGGAGUAUUUGGUUUCACUUGCACUUUUUGUGAAGGGAGCCAUGGAGCCAAAAGCUGCAGUUAUUAUUCCUUUUUUUUUGGCACACACAAUCUAACCAGCCAAAGUGUCUCUACUUAUUCCUAUUUAUUUAUUCUUUCUUCAAGUAGGUUAUAUCCUUCUGUUAAGUCAUACUUAGUUGUGAUGUUAUUGUCCUGUUUGUUAUCCUUGGGUAUAUACCACUUAAAUAAUAUCCUUAAUGAAACAUUAUACGGUUAAAACGCUGUUUGUAUUUACACAUCGUGUUCACACUUUAAGGGCUUUCCUGUGUCAUUUGAAGCCUCUCUAAUAUAUGAGAGGAUGCCGACAGGCUGGAACGCCCACCAGUCAGCCAGACAGAGCUGUGCAUGCAAAGUGGAGGUGUGUGAAAUACAGUGGCGGGCCUGGGGCCUGGGCCUUCAGUGAGGUCCUACACAGUCCCACCCGAAUUAAUCCACCUCUUAUUACUAUCAUUAUGAUGCCAUGGCUCUAGACCAGGGCUGCUCAAUACGUCGAUCGCGGCGUAGUAUUGGUAGAUCGCAUGACAUUAAAAAAAAUUGGCCCGCCCCCGUCAUUUUCUCUAUUGCACGUCUUUGUUCAUUUAUUAAACUAAACAGCCGUCUGAUGUUGAUCGUAUCUACACAACAGCAUGUCAUUUCUCUCGGCUCUCCGUCUCGCGCGCUGCAGAAUGCAUCGGGACGGAGAAAAAGAAGAAAAAAAAGUCACUUGCACUCGUUUGUUCACUAAACAGGGCAUUGUCGCACCCAAAGCAGAUUUCAAGUAUAUGCUCGACCAAAUCGACAUCUUCUCCUCCUUCCGCCAUUGUGGGUUGAAAAAACAGCUUUGUAGUCCGCGAAUUAAUUCCUUUAUCAAAUUCAGUUUCCUAGUUCUGAGGUUUUGCAUCUACCUGCCCAUAGGACCCGCCUCUCAAUAUUGGUAAUCCAAUCAAAAGACGUGCAGCACUCCGCCUGCUAGCUGGCUCCUGUGCCGGUUCCGGGGCCUUCUAGAAGGCCUACAGGAGCCAACUCUAAAGCUGAUUGGUUGACACAACAUUGUCAUUCCCAUUCACUUGAAGCUACCAGCGCCUGCAAUGUUGAUUCUGAAGGCCUAAGGGCAGAUGUUAGCCCCCUGGCAACACACGAUGGCUGAAUAUGAUUGGAUAAAAGAUCUAACAUAAAGACCAGCCCUCCAAAUCUCAACCUGGCGCUGGCAGCAGUGCAACCAAGAGGAACGCUAUGAAAUUAAGAGAAUAACUCUUACUCUGGGAAAUAAUUGAAUACAUAUUUGUGGGAAAAUAUAUUUAGAAAAAAAUAUAUUCUGAUGAUGUUUAGGCCAGCAGAGAAGGCCUUGCUGGCCCUGACGGCCCGCCACUGGUGAAAUAUGUAUUCAGGUUUUAGAAACACCGUCCCAGAUGCUUGAACAUAUUAUGCAGCAGGAUAAAAAAGACACAUUCUGAAUUUCUACAGAGAAUCAAAUAUAGUGUGUGUGGGGGACCUCCCGCUGACAUGAACAUCCAUCCUGUUUUCACACAAUACAUCAGUCUGUAAAUGCUGAACUCAUUUAGUGAUGGGGAGUCAACACACAGCAGGCCACCGUACGGAGGAAACUCAUUUUGGCCACUUGUAAUCGCAACCUUGUUAUUAUUAUUACAUUAUUAUUACAUGUCAUUUAGCAGACGCUUUUAUCCAAAGCGACUUACAAUAAGUGCAUUUCAACCUAGAGUACAAACUAAGAACAACAAGAAUACAGAAAAUAACAUUUCCUCAACAUAGUCGAACUACAAAAGUACCAUAAGUAGGAGCCAUUUAAGUGCCACUGAAGUGCAAAUCUGUGUUUUAAUCCAGAUAAAGUCCGAAAAGAUGUUUUUAGUUUCCGGCGGAAGAUGUAGAGACUUUCUGCUGCCCUGAUGUCAGUGGGGAGCUCGUUCCACCACUGAGGAGCCAGGACAGUUCUUUCGGUCAUGACCCACACUUAGUUUAUUUAGGGCAGGGACUGUCCGUCCUUUUGCAUAAAACAACAAGUUCUUUAAAUAUCCAGACUAUUACAGUAUAACUACAGGGAAGUGAACCAACACUUACCUUGUAAUACCGGCUGGAUUAUCAUCUUCAAAUGUCCUAUUACUUUAUAGUUAUCUAUUUAGUUUUCUUGUGUAAUAUAUAAUUAAAGUAUAUGCAAUUUAGCUUUGGCAAUAAUGUAACUUGAACAUUCAUGCCAAUAAAGCUUAUUUGAAUUGAGAUGGAGAUAUAUAGAGCUAGAGAGCUAAAAAGGAAGGAGGAAAGAAAGGUUACAGGUUGGAACUGUGUUUUCAGAAGAUCCUGUGAGUGGUAUUUCACUGCAUAAUAUCACACUAACAGCUCCUAUUGGAAGUGUAUGAAAGAUUGUUUCGACACUAUAAAGUGAAUCGAUAACAUGCAGGUGUCCUAUUAACUUGUAGACGGUUUGCUAAAGCACAAAGUCAUGAAAAGAGCACUGAGGUUCACGUGUUGUGUUUAUAGGUUGCCAAGACACAGUUGUCUGGCUACAGUGGAUCUCAACAGUAGAGUCUCACGAGUGUUACAAAAUGUGUGUUUCACCUGAGAGCGAGCAGACAGACAAACACACACACACACACUCUAGGAUGAGAGAGAUGCCGUAUUCCGUUCACUGGAUAUCUUCUUGUUUUGUAGACUACGGGGACAAUCUCCAGCACUCGGCAAUUACAUUUUUUGUGUUUAAUCUUUUGACAGAUGGGAGGUCUCUGCUGUGAGAGAAGCUAUCGCUAUUUUGAGAUGAUUGCUUAGACCAAGCAGAGAGUAAGAUGAAGGCCAAGGCUUUGUCAGUGACGGAGUGCACCUGGACUUCAGAGGAGUGCCACCUCGUGGACGAGCUGCACGUAGACCCCCAGAGGGACAGUUUUUGUUUGCUAAAUUUAUUCAGGUCCAAAAAAGUGAAGCCGCUCCCCAGGAUUCAGACUGGACCCACCUACCAGGUGUACCACACAGCCAGAGAGCUCCUGCUUAAAGUGCUGGACAGAGGAGCCGUCCGGCAGCUGAUCAAGAGAGCCGCUGGUGUGAAGCCAGGGGCGAACCGCCCAUCAUGCAACCAGAGCCGAGAGCAGAGUGCAGAUGUCUCUGAGGAGGUGUAUGGCGAGGCGUUGACAUGGUUCUCUAUAGUCCUACAGAGCGGCCUGUCCAUAGGAGAGAGCUGCUUCAGCUCAGAGUUGACCCCGAAACUGGACGGAUGGCAGGGAGUCCUGAAGAGAAACAGCUUCCAGAACAACCUCCUGCCUCUGACCAGACUGGAGGAUGGAGACAAGCUGGAAGCCCUCUCUGCGUUCGGUGGUCACCUGACCAGGCGCUACCAGGCCUUAUACACACCUGGUCUCAACCUGGCCGUGAAGAAGUACAGACUUUCCUACCAGCAGGGUCCUUGCUCUCUCCAUCUUGCCCUCCUCUGUGAGACGAGCUCCGGGUUCAUCUGCAACAUGUAUCUGUACUGUCCGGAGCAACUGCAGACGCAGAGUAGGAAAAGUGUCGUGGAGCAGGUGGUCGGACACCUGCUGAGACCCUUCUGCAGCCAGAGACACCUGGUUCAGCUGGACAGCUCUGCUUGGAUGGAGGGCAGACUCACAGACAGUUUCUCUGGCUUAGGGGUGGAUGUCCAUUUUGCCCCAACUGGUCAAAUGUCAUCUUCACCUCCACCACUCAUGCCGCACCAGCUCCAAUGCACACCUGAGGACUCACCGUCUCAACUCGUGGCCCACCUGCAGGGCUGGACUGGACCGGCUCUGUUCCCUCUGUUGGACCUGAAGGGCUCAGUGGUCGAUGUGUUCCUCCCAGGCCUCUGGGUGACGCUCCACAUUAUCUGCAUCAACACAUUUGUGCUCCACACUCUGCAGAGGCAGGGCUCAGAGAGGCCGGUUCACCUGCCGGAGUUCACCAGAGCGCUGGCCUCCAAGCUGGCCGUGGACAGCAGCGUCACUGUGCCGGUUCUGCCGCGCCUGAACAGCAACUCAUCCCAAGAGACACAUUUCAGAAGUCCUUCCAAGCUAAGGACGGAUGCGGUCAGCCGUGGUCGUGUGAUGGCCAGCGAGACGCGAGGCUGCAGCUCUGCAGUGCGGCUGCCCGGGUGGAACAGAGCAGGAGUCUGCGGUCUGGACAACUCGGGAAACUCUUGCUACUUAAAUGCAGUGUUGCAGUGUUUGUGCUCCACUUUGCCCCUCGUGGAGCACCUCCUCAGUCAGGACACUCGCGAAGAGCUGCGAAGGUCAAAGUGCCGCGUGGCCGAGAUGUUUGCCCGCCUGCUGGAGGAGAUGUGGCUGGGGAGCAGCUCCAGCUGUGCCCCGGUGGAGGCCAGGUCUGUGAUGUGCUCCAUACUCCCCCAGUUCAACAACUACUCCCAACAAGACGCCCAGGAGCUGCUGCUCUUUCUCCUCAACGCGCUCCACGACGACCUCAAAAAGGUUGCAAAGCGCCAGGUGAGCUCCUCCAUACGACAGCCGAGACGAGCCGGGAACAGAAACCGCGCCCCCGCAGCGAUGGAGUCCACCACCAUCGUCUCCCGUCUGUUUGAGGGCCAGCUCGGCUACAUGACCCUCUGCAUGCACUGCGACCACCAGACACACCGGACACAGACCUUCACUGUACUGUCACUCCCGAUUCCAACAGACAUCAUCAAGUGCUCCAUCCAGGACUGCUUGUCUCUUUUCUUCGAGCAGACCCUCCUGACCGGGGUCGAGCAGAUGCUGUGCUCGGUGUGUGGGCUGAGGAGAGAAACGGCGGUCCACACUUGUUUGGACAAACCUCCCGAAAUCCUCAUGUUGCACCUGAAACGGUUUGGCUGUAAGGGGAAGAAUCAGGUGAAACUGGGGACCAACGUUGUUUUCUCCUUGAGACUCGAUCUCUCCCCGUUUCUAUCCAGCUCAGUACAGAACGCCUCAUACUCUUCAUACCGCCUAUAUGCUGUUGUGAACCACACGGGUCAUCUGAACAUGGGUCACUACACAGCGCUGUGUCACAACGCCUUGACCAGAUCCUGGCACUGUUUUGACGACUCUGCGGUCAGAGAGGUGCAGGACCGCCUGGUUCAGUCCGCACAUGCCUACGUGCUGCUCUACAGCCGCAAGCCUUUUCAAAAGCCAAAGAUCCUCGGACUCUGAGCUCUCCGACCGGCAGGCCAAGACCACGAGGGGGCGGAGCUUCAUUUUCCUUUCUUUUAACCCGUCGUUUGUUCUGAAAUGUUCUUACAGCCUCAGGGAUGACGCGGCGACAACGUCAACAGGAGGGCUGAUUUACCUGAAGAGUCAUCCAGACACAAACGCAAACAGUCACUUGAAGUCAUUUUAAUAAAUAUGCAUGAGUUGUUUGAGGUUAAUAUAAUUGUUAUAUUUGAAAAAGAGUUGUUUUAGAGCAUUAUGAAAUAAAAAUCAUGAUGUACAAGUAAAAAGAAAA